AGGUCUUAUGGAAUCAUUGUUUCUUUCCCACAAAGAUGAGUAUCCGGAGUAUGAACAGGCAUCCCUCAAACAACUGUAUCAGUCAAAGAUGGAGGAGUUACGUGCUGAAGCCCAGCAACAAUCUGAAUCAACUGGGACUAUCUCAAGAUCAAAAACAACAGUGAGUCCUCCAAGCCAACAGAUAUCUGUUACAAUAGUAACAGAGUUUGUACGGUGGAAUGAGGAAGCCAUAACUAGAUGUACUGUGUUCUCUUCCCAGCCACUUACUCUUGCAAGUAAUGUGAGAUCAGUGUUUGCUUGCUUACUGGAACAAGUGAGCCGAUAUUUAACUGAAGGACUUGAGCGUGCCAGAGAAAGUUUAAAUGAGGCUGCAUCUUUAAGAGAUAGAUUUGUUAUUGGAGCAAGCGUUAGCAGAAGGGUGGCUGCAGCUGCUGCUUCUGCUGCUGAGGCUGCUGCUACCGCAGGUGAGAGUAGUUUUAGAUCUUUCAUGAUUGCUGUGCAGCGGUGUGCUAGUAGCAUCGCAAUACUUCAACAAUAUUUCUCAAAUACAAUUUCUCGGCUGUUAGCUCCUGAUGCUCAUGCUGCGUGUCUUGAAGAGAUGGGUACAGCUGUCUCCCGAGUAGAGAGUUCUGCUCAAAAAGGUCUCCAACAGUGCAUUGAAACUGUCAUGGCUGAGGUUGAGCGAUUGCUAUCUUCAGAGCAGAAAACUACAGACUACCGGACUCCUGAUGAUGGAAAUGCUCCUGAUCAUCGACCGACAAAUGCUUGCAUAAGAGUUGUAGGGUACCUAUCUCGAGUGCUUGAAUCUGCAUUCAAUGCUUUAGAAGGUCUCAACAAACAGUCAUUUUUGACUGACCUGGGAAAUCGCCUACACAAGGGGCUAGUUAACCAUUGGCAGAAGUUCACUUUUAGUCCGAGCGGUGGACUGCGGUUGAAACGUGACAUUACGGAGUACGGGGAGUUUGUUCGCAGCUUCAGUGCUCCUUCAAUAGACGAAAAGUUUGAGCUGUUGGGCAUAGUGGCAAAUUGCUUUAUUGUGGCGCCUGAGAGCCUUGCUUCCCUAUUUGAGGGUACUCCUUCAAGCAUCAGGAAAGAUGCAUUGAGGUUCAUUCAACUACGUGAGGACUUCAAAACUGCUAAAAUUUCGUCUAUGCUUCACAGCUUUAUGUCAGAUUCAUAGUUUAUGAUGAUGUUCAGUUCAAGUUAACGAUCUUUCAACAACUGGGACCUAUUAGGUAGAGUGACAUGGUAGACCCAACAUUUACAUGCAAUUUUUCUAUAUGUACUAGAAUAAGAUAUCUGUUACACUUUUAAGUUUGUUCAGAAUCUUAAUUGGCCUAAAGGAACAUCUUAUUCCUUUUGCGACUCAAACUGUGGUAUCUGCAAAUGCAUGUUUACAGGGAAAUGCCAUACAAGUUCAAAUUGGGUAA